AUGGGUUGGCGCGUCAUCCGAGCUAUUUUCCCGGUGGACUCUUUUGACGUCCACCCUCGCACUCCCCGAGGCCCCCUUACCGCCCCCCGCAAAGGGCCUGCGGCUGCUGGCCAGGAUGUUCAGCGGGCGAGCGAAGGAAGGCGGGGUGGGGACAAGACUUCGGAGCGCUUAGGUCCGCAGCCACGGCUCGCUCGGAACGGCGUGUCAGGGAGGAGGCGGCCACGUGAGGGGUCCGCAGCAGCUCGCGAGCUGAAGGCUGGGGGCGAAGUGCGUAGCAAGAGUCGUGACGGGGGUGACACGCAGCCGCCGUGGCCCCUGCUCACUGCCCACGCAGGGCCGCGCCGCGGGUGGGUGGGUGCGCACUCACGCGCCCGCUCCCGGGAGACCGUUUCCGGCUCAGGGCCGGGUAAACAGGGUGGUGCCCUCUGCCCUCCCGCCCCCGGCCGGGCGGAGGCGCGCGAUCGUGGCGGACGGGCUGCGGUGGCGAGAGCGCGCGCGCGCCCCCGCCCGUCCCGCCUCCUCUGUUUUUGUUUUGAUGGAGCCCGCGUGCAGCUGGCGCGUGUCGAGUCACGUGCCGCGGCCGCGAGAGGGGCUGGGCGCCGGCGAACCGGACGCGGGGGAGGGUCGCAGACCCUGAACAGUCUUGUCCGAAAACUACGGAGAGGUACAGUCUUGUGGGGCUGGUCGCAGUUGCACCCCAGGAGCAGUAUUUGGGAUCGUCGUCACAGCAUCCCUGCCAGUCGGCUGUCCCCUCCACCCCUCCUCCUCCGGGCCGGAGACUCAACAGAGGGAUCCAGCGGACCUCGCAGAACCACCAUUGCACCCCAGGGAUGGUGCCCUCUACAGGAGGAGUUUUGCCUCACUUUGGGAAUCUCUUAACUACAUCUCUUGCUCCUAAGGAUUAGAAGAAUUGAACUAAUGGGAGUCUUGCAGCCUCUCUAUCCACUGAGGCAGGGGUCAUGACUACAGGUCCAAGCCACUGGUAAGCAGAUGCUGCCCUCCGUCCU